AUGUUAGUAUUGAAAAACAUGUUCCUUGACAAAAUAAAACCAACUACAGAAAUAAAUGACGCAAGACUGAAAGAUUGGGUAAAAGCUUUCCCAUUCACAAAAGAUAUAGUUGGUAACAUGGAAAGAAAACCAGAAUGGCUACAAAAACAUAUAUUUGGAAACGAGCAUAUUCCAUAUGGACAGGCACUGUUUGAAGAGCUUGAACCGGAAACUCAGGAAAGAGUCAUGCAAACAAUACGCGAAGACUCAAAUACAGACUAUGACAAACUCUUUCUAGGAUAUAGGUUACCUGAGAUGGGCGACCAGAGCCAAAAGGCAAAAAGGACAUGGGAAAUUUGCAACAUACUAGAUGAACAUAAUGCAAAGAUGCAACAACUUCAAGCAGAGGGCAAUGAAGGAAAAAGAAGAGUUAAAAACUCAGUCAGGAAGAAAGUAAAGCUUGGUCGGAGUGGGUUCUAUUAUGACAUAUAA